AGCUAGCAAGGUUGUGAAGGAGAUGUAACGCUACGCCCUACGAUUGCUGGUCGUCUGCAUAAGUAAAUUCAUCCAGAGCUAGUACCAGCCAGAAGCCCCCAUGAUGGCGCUGACUGGUUCUUGUACACACGCGUUGAAGCAACGCAAUGCCGUCAGAAUCCCCGUGGAAAAUUUCCCCGACGAAGCUGCGACGCGUAUUCAGCUUCAGCACGUCAUCGAUCAAGGCUUUGGGUCGCGGAGCGCAUUCCUGCAAGAGGAGGCUCAAGAGUCGUGCGGUUCGGGGAACUGCGUUGCGGCGCGAAGCUGCGGGCGCGGCGAGUGGGAUCACGGCGACGGCGACGAGAACAUGGCGAAUAGCGGCGAUAGCGCAACGUACGGCUGUAGACGAAAAACCAGCCGCGGAUGCGACGUGGCUGACGAUGGGAGCGGGCGCGCCGGUGGAUUGGAGCACAAUGAUACCGUCUCGUUUCUCCGGCUUCCCCCACUGGCAGAACGCCGGAUUGGAACACCCCGGACUCUCGGUCCGGGUCAGCCGGGUCAGCCGGGUCAACCGGACCAAGGUCUUCCGCUCCUCGCCGCGUCGUUUUCCACGAGCGCGCCUUACUCGAGGGCUGAAAUCGACGUCGGAGACGAGCCCCAGAACGGCUGGCAGUUGCUGAUCAACGGCGAACGGCCUGACGUGGCAGGCUGCGACAACUUGAAGUCGUUCGCCUUCGCUGCUGACCAUGCGGCGGAAACGGCGCUAGCCGCAGCAGUUCCUCGGGUCUCCGCGAGCAGCGCUGGCAACGCGACGCCCCUCAGCGCGGCUUACGGACACUCCGAGUCGUGUCCACCUCCCGACAGUGACACGUGGCACAACCAGCGUUUGUGGUCUCCGUUCGGCGGCUCGUUACCAAGAGUAGCGCUGACGGCGCUGAACUGCGCGGCUUCUGGAGACGAGCUGUGGCGAGGCGCCCACAGCUUCAACGCCCGAGGAAACGAGGAGAACGGGAGGAGCGACUCAGGCAGUGGCGGCACGCCAUGGGCCGACGUGAUCAAAGACCUCUUCCCCGAACUGACCCCCGCCCAUGCCGCCCAGGCCGCCCAUGCCGCCACGCCACCCCCAGCAUCCUCGACAAUGGCAUCACCCAUGGCAAUCCCGUCAUCCCCGCGGCUGCUACUCCCCCUGUCGCCGCCGCUCUUCCCGCUGCUGUCGCCACCGCCGCUCUUCUCGCACUCUCCACGCGCCGCUGGGCUCACGUCCCCCUCCCCUCACUCCGCAUCCCCACCGCCCUUCCUCUCUCUCCCCGCCGCAGCUAGCCGAUGGGAUCCCGCCAGCCUCUUCCCCGUGCUCGAGGCCGGAGGGACCCUCUCUAUCUCUGCCCGCCCUGACCCUCCGCCACUCAGCACCGCGCUACCACCGUCUCGUGAUAGUGACGAAGCCCCCGUUGCAGCGACAAGCCGCUUCCGCGGGGAUUCUCACUCCGGGGCUGCUCCGCCGCUGCUCUCCGCAAGGGCGGCGGACGUUCACGGUCAGGGGAGUCAUGUUCAGUCCGCGCGGGUGCUUCUAUCGCAGCCUGCCGCGGCUGCGCGCAUUCCGCCUCCGCCAGGCACGCGGAAACGGCGCGCGGACGAGCUGGUUUCGUCGGGAGACGGCAACCAAAUUGGUCUUGUCGAAACGGCGACUCCCGUUAGACGCAGUGCUUCUAGUGGGCAGCAGGCAAGCGCAAGCGGCGGUAUGGCAUCUCCCUGCGCUGGGCCUGUUUGCCAGGCGCAGACACGAGCGACGAGUGUCACGCCUUGCCCAGUUUCGCCCCUCCGUCUCCCAGCCCUCACACUCCCGUUCUCACUUUCACUCCCUUCCUCAUCGGCACCCCGCCCACCCAACUGGUCCCCCUGUAGCUCCGCUGCCCAUCCGUUGACCGCGCACCCCUCAUCCCCUCCGCCCUCCCCUGCGUGCGCUCCACCCUCCCCCUCAGCUCUUUCGCCCUCCCCCGCAUGCGCUCCGCCCGCCCCGUCAUAUGGUCGGCCCUCGCCCGUAUCUGCCCAGAGCCAGCCUGGGUGCAGUGAAGGGGCGGGUGAGAGGGCAGCGGGCGGAGUGGCGGGAGGUGCGGCAGUGGCGGGAGGUGCGGCAGUGGCGGGAGGUGCAGCAGUGCGCAUCAGGAGGAUCGUGGGCGCGCACAGAGGGGCGACGGGGGUGCUGUGUGGCAACGACGGCAAGGCAGGCGCCCAAACACCCACGGCGGUAGUGGCAGCGACAGCACCAGAGGCGCUGCCCGCAGCGGCUAUACUAGCAGCAUCGGCAGCGGGGGCAGCCGUGACAACUGCAAGAGCAUCGACUGAUGCAGCAGGAAUGCCAGCAGAACUUGCACCAGCAGCAGCAGACGCAGCAGCAGCAAGGGCAACAGGUGCGCCGACAGAGACAGCAAAGGCAUCAGCUGGGGCAGGCGGCACCACGGCAGGCGAUGGCCAGGCAGCUGCCAAGCGGCAGAAAGGAGAAGGCAAGGGGCGCGUGUGCAUGUCCCCAGCAGCGGCAGCGGCGUUGGAGCAGUACCGCGAGAAGGCGGCGCAGCGGCAGAAGCGCGGCACCGCCAUGGACGCGCAGAGCGUGGCGGCUAGGAGGAGACGGGCCAACAUCAGCUCGAGAAUGGGCGCGCUCAAGUCGCUGGUCCCCGGCAGUGCACGACUGGACACGGCAACUCUCCUGGACCGCGCGGCAGCAUACAUCGCCUUCCUGCACGCGCAUGUGCAUGCCUCGGAGGCCGGGGCUGGCGACAUGCUGAGAGUGCGCUUCAUGGAGGGGCUGAACCUCGCAUGCGACGCCACCCAUGGGGGCACGGUCGUGCUGGAGGGCCGUGCUGAUGCCAGUGGCGAUGGUGAAGGGGAGGAUACUGAGUGCAAGGACCUGUGAUGCUAUGCAGUUGCCUCACAUGAGGUUUAGGGAAGAUGUGAUGUGGCUUCUUUAGGUGAUUUCAUGUGAUGCCAUGUCACAUACACAUGGUAGAGAGAUGUUGAGUGCAUCUACAUGUCAUGCCCAAUGGCAGUGUCACAUGGCA